AUGUGUGUUCUUCAGCCGGCCACAAACCAGAAAUGCUUUCAAAACAGUUAAUAAAUUCAACUGGUUGACUAACUCUAUGGCAAACAAAAGGAAAGUGCAAACUGAAACGAGAUCUCAUGUAUAUAUAUUUUUUUAAAUCUGCGUGCACCUCUUCAUAAGACUUAAUGUUAAAAGGCUAUUAAAUCGUUCUAUACCGAUGUCAUCUCGUUAAAUUACCGCUAUUUAGCUAGGGAGCAGUUUGCUUCUGUCAUGCUUCUGACAUCUUGGGAUCCGAUGUCAACACAACUUACGAGCUAGCUAUCGAUAGAAAACAAUAAAACAAAACGAACCAGCUAGUUCACCAACAGUAGUACAGGAUUACAAAACAGGAUGCUGACUGAGGCCAGUGAUUCAAAGAGAUGGACUGAGCUGAAGGAGGCAGCAGAUGAAUGCGCAGCUUCUCUGAAUGCCACUGCGUCUGACGCCGUCUGCAUUGAAACCACUGGGCCCUGCCGUCAAGCAGCAUGUGCAGAGGGCGAGGCACAGAAACCGGAACGUCUGGAAACGGACCAGCCUCGCACUGUCCCAAUGGGCUGGAUAAAAAUAGUGAAGCAGCGAAAAACAGGGAAAACUGCCGGCAAAAUGGAUGUGUACAUAAUAAGUCCCCAGGGUCAAAAAUUCAGGUCGAGGUCAGCGCUGAAGGAUUUUCUUCACAAGAAUGAAGAUUUGAGCCUAUGUUUGACUGACUUUGACUUCACAGUGAACAGCAGCUGCACCAUGGCAUGUGAGACAGAGAGAAAAGUUUGGCAUUCGAAGCACUGGGAAAGCAUGGGCAAAACCUUGACAAGCACUCACUCAUCGGACCUCUCUGUCACAGAGGACACAGCAAACAGUGUUUGCGGCCUACCUUCAGCAAAAGCAAGACAGACCGAAGAAGCCACAGCAGCCAAGGAGACGAGUAGAGGCAGAGAUGCUGGUCAGAAGAACGACAGUGGUGUAGGGGUCAGGCAGAACAGGAAACGGCCUGCUUGCACUGACCUUAAAGCAGACCUCACUUCUGGCACAGAUGAGAGUGCCAUGACAGGGCAGUUUCUCAGUGUGAUCCUGGAGGGAAGGGAAAGAUGUGGCCCAGCAGCGUGUGACACUGAAAAGAGUCCCCAGAGAAACGGGCUGCUGAGGGACAAAUUACUCAGGCGGGCCCAAGUCGAGGAUCCAGAGCUCCGCAGUAGUCAAACCCCUUCAAAUCAUUUAGAAACAUCAGUGACUGAGAGGCCUCUCCCAGAACUCCCUGUCAGAACCACGGUGACAGAGCCUCCAUUGGAGAGUGAGACUGAAACUGAGACAGACACUGCAGCCAACUCCACGUCUGAGACACUACCUGAAGGCCAGCUCUCUCCUGGUCAAGGCAAGGGCUGCUCUACUCCAGGAAAACAACUGCAGAGCAGCCCUGGAUUCAAGGCACAGAUUGAGAAAAGGAAAACAAGCCCCUACUUCAGUGGGAAGUUGGCUAAAGAAGCUCCAAGUCCUCCCAGACGCAAGGCCUUUAAGAAGUGGACCCCACCACGUUCCCCUUUCAACCUGGUACAGGAAACUCUCUUCCAUGACCCCUGGAAACUCCUGAUUGCCACCAUCUUCCUCAACAAGACCAGUGGUAAGCUGGCUAUCCCAGUGCUAUGGGAGUUUUUUGAUCGCUACUCAUCUCCUGAAGUGACCCGUCAGAGCGACUGGAAGCCUAUAGCUGAGCUCCUGAAACCUCUUGGCCUGAAUGAGCUAAGGGCCAAAACCAUCAUCAGGUUUUCUGAUGAAUAUGUAAACAAGCAGUGGCGCUACCCUAUCGAGCUGCAUGGCAUCGGAAAGUAUGGAAAUGACUCCUACAGAAUCUUUUGCAUUGGGGAGUGGAGGCAGGUCAGCCCUCAAGAUCACAAGCUGAACAAGUACCAUGACUGGCUGUGGGAGAAUCAAGAGAAACUGGGAAUCUGAUUCUGAGCAACAAUGAUGAAUUACAAAUAAAUACAUUGAAUCAAUAUGCAAAUAUGUAGCUGUUCACACAUGUGUUAAUGAAGCUUGACACUCUAGUACUGACCUGCACUCCCCUCAUUUCUUAUAAUGUUAAUCGUUUUGUAUAGAAGUUUUCAUGAGUUAAAUUUUUUUUUAAAGUCUAUCAAGAUCUAAAAUGCGUAUCUCAUGUGCCUGUUGGUGUAUAGUUCAACAGUAUUUUAAUGAUGACCUGAGAUCAUUGUAUUAAUAAAUUUUUGUUUUCAUUUUACUAUUUAUUUUUCUUAUGAAUGUUUGUAUAUUCUGCUAUAAUGGAUAAUCAAGUAAGACUGGUUUUAUCAUAUCCUUAUGCAAAACUCUGGCAAGCUUAAGAUCACCUGGAAGAGUUGGGCAAGAGUAGCCUGCUCUGCCACUUCUGCGUUUGUUUCUUCCUCAGUUGUGAGGCAGAUGAAGGAGUUUGGCAGAAACAUAUAUCAAAAUAAAUAAAACUGAAGUAAAACCAGAAAAAUCAUA